GACCUGGACGAACUCAGUGGGGGCAAGUUCGGAGGCGAGGCUGUGGGUAAGAUCCCGGAGGACAUGAAGGCGGCCCUCACCUCUGCUCUGAAGCGCUAUUCGGCGUAUCUGGGCGCUUUCAAAGAGGAGGAGGGGUGGCUGCAGCGCAAGGUGAAGGAGGAGCUGGGCGGCGCACUGAUCACCGUGAAGCAGCGGUGCAGCGGACUUGAAGAGGAGUGGAACCAGAUUAGUCUGCUGGGCACAUCGGGCCUCUCUGGAUCGUACAUUGAGCAACGAGGACACUGAUUCCUACACAGGCCUGGAACUUGAGGCAAAGAGGCGGUGGAGGCUUUUGGGGAGAAGCUGGAGCUGCUGAGGCUGGACCUGGACGAACUCAGUGGGGGCAAGUUCGGAGGCGAGGCUGUGGGUAAGAUCCCGGAGGACAUGAAGGCGGCCCUCACCUCUGCUAUUCGGCGUAUCUGGGCGCUUUCAAAGAGGAGGAGGGGUGGCUGCAGCGCA